AUGGCGUUGUGGUGGGGAGAUCAUGCACGACCAUUUACAAAAUUGGUAAAGGAAAUGCAACUCCAUCGAGAUGACUUUGAAAUUAUAAAAGUGAUUGGAAGAGGUGCAUUUGGUGAGGUUGCAGUUGUUAAAAUGAAGUGUACAGAGCGCAUUUAUGCAAUGAAAAUUCUAAAUAAAUGGGAAAUGCUUAAAAGGGCAGAGACAGCUUGUUUCCGAGAGGAAAGAAAUGUCUUGGUGAAUGGAGAUUGUCAGUGGAUUACUACGUUGCACUAUGCCUUUCAAGAUGAGAACUAUUUGUAUCUAGUGAUGGACUACUAUGUUGGUGGUGACUUACUGACACUUCUCAGUAAGUUUGAAGACAAACUUCCUGAAGAUAUGGCUAGGUUCUACAUUGGUGAAAUGGUGCUUGCUAUACAUUCCAUACAUGAGCUGCAUUAUGUGCACAGGGACAUAAAGCCUGAUAAUGUCCUUUUGGACGUGAAUGGCCACAUACGACUGGCAGACUUUGGAUCCUGUCUGAAAAUGAGUGAAGAUGGCACAGUACAAUCAUCAGUAGCAGUGGGUACACCUGACUACAUCUCCCCUGAGAUACUGCAAGCAAUGGAAGAUGGAAUGGGAAAAUAUGGACCUGAAUGUGACUGGUGGUCACUGGGUGUCUGCAUGUAUGAAAUGCUGUAUGGUGAAACACCCUUUUAUGCAGAGUCAUUAGUGGAAACUUACGGGAAGAUUAUGAAUCAUGAAGAACGAUUUCAGUUUCCAUCCCAUGUUACAGAUGUAUCUGAAGAAGCAAAAGAUCUUAUUCAGCGACUUAUCUGCAGUAGGGAGCGUAGACUGGGACAGAAUGGAAUAGAGGAUUUUAAGUCUCAUGCAUUUUUUGAAGGACUUAAUUGGGAUAACAUCCGAAACCUAGAAGCACCUUACAUUCCAGAUGUUAGCAGUCCUUCUGACACCUCAAACUUUGAUGUAGAUGAUGAUGUAUUAAGAAAUCCAGAAGUGGUGCCACCAAGUUCUCAUACAGGCUUUUCUGGAUUGCAUUUGCCAUUCGUUGGGUUUACAUACACAACUGAUAGCUCUUUAUCUGAUAGAGGCACUUUAAAGAGUGCGAUGCAGUCUGACACUGUAACCAAAGAUAUGGAUGUACAGCGUGACUUAAAGAACACUUCACAAAUAGAAGGCUAUGAAAAGAAAAUACGGAAAUUAGAGCAAGAAAAACAGGAUUUGAACAGAAAACUGCAAGAAUCUACACAGACAAUGCAGAACCUCCAGGGUCCAGCAUGUGUUACAGUAAAUACAAGCCGUGAUAAGGAAAUAAAAAAAUUAAAUGAAGAAAUUGAACGGUUGAAGAACAAAUUAACAGAUAUAAGUAAACUGGAAGGACAGCUUGCAGAUGCAGUGUCUUUUCGACAAGAACAUGAAGACUCUAUACACAAGUUGAAAGGACUAGAAAAACAGUGCAGAGUACUGCGGCAAGAAAAGGAGGACCUUCAUAAGGUAUUGAUCCAAAGAUAG